GCGCAGGCCGGAAGCCCAGCAGGCGGCGAAGAUGGCGGAGAGCAGCGGUCGCGCCGGCAAGAGCAGCGGCAGCGGCGCGGGGAAAGGGGCGGUGUCGGCAGAGCAGGUUAUUGCUGGCUUCAACCGCCUUCGACAGGAACAGCGGGGUCUGGCAUCCAAGGCAGCCGAGCUAGAGAUGGAGUUGAAUGAGCACAGCCUGGUGAUAGACACCCUGAAGGAGGUGGACGAAGCCCGCAAGUGCUACCGCAUGGUUGGAGGCGUGCUGGUGGAGCGGACGGUCAAGGAGGUGUUGCCGGCCCUGGAGAGCAACAAGGAGCAGAUACAGAAGAUCAUUGAGACACUUACACAGCAGCUUCAGGCAAAGGGAAGAGAAUUAAAUGAGUUCCGGGAAAAGCACAACAUUCGUCUCAUGGGGGAAGAUGACAAGCCAGCAGCCAAGGAAAACUCCGAAGGGGCUGGGGCCAAGUCCACCUCAGCCGGAGUGUUGGUCUCCUAGGGACCAAGGCCUUUGCGUUUUUUUUUCUACCCUGACUCCCACUUCUUCUGAUUUCUCUUUAUUGUUAUUAUUAUUAUUUUCUCUGCUAUUGUAAUAUUUUUUUGUUAAUUAAAUGUUUUGGUCAGAAUGCUCA